ACUGAACGGCGUAUCACAACUUGACGUGGCACGUAAAGAAUUUGUUCACCAUCACUUUUAAUAGGCACCAUGGGGCUGUGUAAGUGCCCCAAAAAGAAGGUCACAAACCUGUUCUGUUUUGAGCAUAGAGUCAAUGUGUGUGAACAUUGUUUGGUUGCGAAUCAUCCAAGGUGUAUAGUGCAAUCGUACCUUCAGUGGCUACAAGACAGUGAUUACAACCCAAUAUGUAAACUGUGCAACAAAUCUCUGUCUGACGAGAACAGUGGUGAAUGUGUCCGCUUAGUGUGUUAUGAUGUUUUCCAUUGGUACUGUUUAAACGAGUAUGCCCAGAAGUUGCCCCCAAACACAGCCCCUGCGGGCUAUGGCUGCCCUACAUGUAAAGUGGGCAUUUUCCCUGCUUCAAACUUGGUCUCUCCUGUCGCAGACACCCUAAGGCAAAUGCUCUCUAAAGUGAACUGGGCAAGAACUGGUUUGGGCCUUCCACUGAUACCAGAGUCUGAGCUGCCCCCAGCUCCAACUCCUCCCUCUGUCUCCCCAGUGAAUGCAGACAAUACAUCAGCUGGGGGGCACAGCCUCACCGCAUUGUCUGGACCUACAGCGGCUAACUACACACGACCAAGUGCCCAGGUCCCGCCCUACACCAGCACCCCGACAACAUCCAAACCCCACAGCGUCAUUAAUGUGGACACUGGGACCUCAGUCAGAGGAUUUGACAAAGUCAAUACAUAUGAUGCUCGAAAACUGUUUGACACAACAAAAGAAGAUGAAUUUCAGUCGUCAUUGGAUGCUGAUGACGAUAAAUACAAACGAAGACCAGCAUUACAUUGGUUAUCAAACUGGUUCAAGUCUCGGGAGGGUAAAAGAGGUCGAAAGGACCCUAAUGCUGUAAUGAAGAGGUUCCUGAUGGUUGUGUUAAUUGGAGUUAUCGGCUUUGUGACAGUCAUCCUGAUCAUGUCACAUCUUGGCCGACAAGCUACAGAAAAUGACCCCUUUCUUGACCCUCUGGCCAACCCCAAUAUCAGAAUUAAAGACAAUAUCAAAUCACAGCAGAAUUUUGAUUGAAAAGCGCAAUCGUUGUGAACACCUAAUACUCUGCCAUAGGAUCCUUUACACUGUGCCCUAUACCUACAAAACAGUAGCUAUGAUUUCUUGGUGUUGAAUGCUCCAGGUUUGCCAACACUCUGCGUACAUGUAGUGCUUAGUGUCACUUUAUCUUUCACCUGUGAAAAGGGUUUGAGCGUCAUGGUUACCUAUAUGUACGUACAGUCGUGUAAGAUGUGGAACAAACACUUUAUCAACUUUGGAUAUUGUGGGGUUCAGUCGUUUGUUUCAACUCUUUUCUUACCUUACUUUGAAAUAUAUCCCAGCUCUUUACAGGUAGUAUUGCAUAAACUGAAAAGAGGAGAGAAUAUUAUUGCAUUAACUGCAAAAUAUUUUUGUUUUUAUAAUGGUCGAUUAGUUAAGAUAUAACAUGUAUAUUUUUCAUCACAAACACAAAUUAAUUGGUAAUGGUAAAUAUGUAUUUGUCGUACCGAGGCAGUAAACAGUAUUGGUAGGUUCAAGCUCCCCGCGCCUUUUGGGCAAAUCAGAAUGUGCAAACUUACAAAUAUUGAUAACGUGGACAUAGAUUUAAGCCUAUAUGCUUUGUGUCAGAGAAGACGCUAUUUAACACGAGUUGAUUAAAUCAUUCACUUUAAACUAUACACACAGACUACAAAGGUUAAUACAUACGUAUAAUAGUGUACACUUCACCAAUUAAUUAAGCAUUAUUUGACACCUCUCAUUAGUCAGCAAUUCAGUCAUGUGACUAAGCUCAUUGUGAGGAGUGUUAUCAACAUGUCUGGAGGCAAACAUUCCAAACAUAUCUACAUACCUGUUUUGUGGGGAAAUUGAUGUUCUUUCCAUUGUUUGUGUGUACAAAUAUAUGAACGAGAAUAGGGCCAGUAGAAAUGGAUUUUGUACAUGCAUAAGUUCAUUGGAAAUGUUCUCUAUAAUUUAUGUAUUUGUAUACAGAAUACUCGGACAGUCCCAUUUUGUAUUUGCACCGGAGACAACUUGGCUGUUUUGAAUAGGAAAUAGACUUCUAGCUGAGCACCUCUGAAUUAAUGUCAGUUUCACGGAAUGUGGCCAUGUUAAAUGUCAAACUGGAAGCUGGGUUCACUGGGUGCAAUUGGCGAGUCAACCCCAUGAAACACUUUGGUAGUUUUAUUCCACCCGCAUUCUGGAUUUUGCUGAUGGAUGUUCCUACAGUGGCGAAUUUGUCUACCACUAUGCAUUCACUGUUGUUUGCCCGUAACAGUGCCACAGUGGAUCUCUGGAUUCAGUUUCAGCCCUUCCGGAGCUUGACAGUGAUUUACACGUGGGAUGGUCCUCGUAUACAUGUCAAAAACGUGCCCAUCGGCCUGAGAUGUAGAUGUUAAAGGGGCUCUCUGAUGAGCGGCCUUCUACUUUGUCAGCCAUACAGAUGUGUGGAAACACUUCAUUUCUGGAUCACUUCUGAUGUAUUAGGUCAUAAGCCUAUUAGACCAAAGACACUAUCGAAACAAAGAAGCCAAUUUACCACCAUGGUUGUCGGAAUCCUGCACAAGUAGCAUUUAGAGCUAGGUGUUUCUUGUCAAAGUUGAAAUGAAAGGACAGCAUUGGCGCUGAAGCAUUUUUGGUGACGCGCUAACAGACCUGUUAACUCGGAACACAAUCCGUUAUAAAAGCCCUUAUGAGUCUCAAUGAAGUCGUAAUCAGUAGUUGUCCGUGAAACUUUUUAUAAAUGAUUUACAUCGGCUUAUUAAUGCCAGCACACAUUUUUUUUUGAGCAAUGAAGUAAAUUUGUAUGGUUUAAUUUGAAACAUUUAUUAUAAAAGUGCAAAACUACUGGGUUCUACCUUCCCUUCAUUUCUAAGUUUUCAAGAUUUCUAUUUAUUUGUAAAUGAUGAGUAUGAUGACUAUCUUGUGGAAGUAUAUAGCAAGUGGGAUAUACAGGGAUAUAGAGUGUCACAUUAUAGGGAUGAUCUGUGGUAUUUAUGUGCUCAUUUAGGUGGUGUCACAACUACUUGGGUACAGUGCGAUGGGAUCAAACUUCCUGGUAAUGAUGGUGACCUAUAGGUGGUGUCACAACUACUUGGGUACAGUGCGAUCGGCUCAAACUUCCUGGUUAUGAUGGUGACCUGUAGGAGGUGUCACAGCUACAUGGCUACAGUGCGAUCGGCUCCAACUUCCUGGUCAUGAUGGUGACCUGUAGGUGGUGUCACAACUACAUGUAUACAGUGCGAUGGGCUCAAACUUCCUGGUCAUGAUGGUGACCUGUAGGUGGUGUCACAACUACAUGGAUACAGUACGAUGGGCUCAAACUUCCUGGUCAUGUUGGUGACCUAUAGGUGGUGUCACAACUACAUGGCUACAGUAC